AUGGUCGAGCUGCCUCCGGAUGCCCCGGCGCCGCGGCUGUGCCAGAUGAAGAAGUGGGAGGACUUCGAAGGGUACGGCUUCAACUUGCACGCGGAGAAGGACAAGCUUGGCCAGUACGUAGGCAAGAUCGACGAGGGCAGCCCCGCCGAGUAUGCGGGGCUCCGCGAGGGGGACCGCAUCGUCGAGGUCAACGGCGUCAACAUCACUUCAGAGACGCACCGGCAGAUCGUCGAACGCAUCAAGAAGGUCCCCAACGAGACAAACCUGCUGGUGGUGAGCCUGGAGGCGGAGAAGUGGUACCGGGACCACAAGAUAGCGGUGACGGGCAGCCAGGCCAAUGUGGUGCAGCUCAGGAACCCCGCCCUCAACCCGGCCACGGCGGGAGACCGGGAGGCCGAGGAGAGGCACACCGAGGAGGACGCAGUCCUCACAGACGCCCCGACCCCGGUCCUGAGGAGGCAGAGUCUGUCGGAAGAGGACAACGAGAAGGUGACGCAGCACACAACCACCCUGUCCAGCUUCGUCGUGCAGCGGCAAGAUGAACCGGACGGCGUGGAGGAUAGGGCCCCCGCCCUGCCAUCUUCUCCGCCGCCGGACGACACGGAACCCGAGGUACCGGAGACCAGAGAGGAAACCCCCACCCCAAAGGAGACCCUACCAGAGGCAGUCAAGACAGAGGUCAUCAAGACCGAGGUGGUCAAAACCGAGGUGGUCAAACCGGAUGAGCCGAAGCCCAAGCCGGAGCCACCGAAACUUCCGCAGGCCAAGCCGGUGGAGCCUCCUCGUGUCCCCACCGAAGCCAACGGCGGUGCUUCCACAGUGGCGAUGACGACGACGACGACGACUUCUGAGGCGAAGGGAGCGAGCAACGGGUCGCUCAACCUCAACAUGAGCGCUUCGGAAAUGCGGCAGCUGUUGGCGCAGCGCAAGAAGCAUGACCCCAAAAAGGUCCAGAUGGACCUGAAGAAAAAGUAUGAGCUCAUCGAACAGAUGUAGACGCGACCCCGAUCUUCUUUCUUUGUAUCUUCGGUGCUUUUACCGUCGUUGCCUCUGUUUUUCGUCGGUUAUUGGAAGAGGUGACGUGUACCGUCUGCAAGUUUUUGCGAAAGUGUCGACGGCACUGUGGAUGGUCUACAUGGGAUGACCGAGAGGCCUUUGAAGGCUCGUCUCGAAACAUGUACGCGACUAUGAAAAUGCUGUCCUGGACGGUAGUAGACUAGGCCGAGGUUUUUUUACGGAAACACAUUUUUCUACUAUGGUAUAAUGAAAUUCUUGGUCUGUCGGCAUCUAAAAGUUGCAGCAAGCUUGUGACGUUGGCGUCGGCAGUCCGGAUACCAUCGUAGCAAACAAAAGAAACUGCUUUACUAUUAGUAGUAAAGGAACAUUGUGGUAAGCUCACAGUUGUGGUAUUGCCGACUUAAAUGUACUUUUUGGCCCGUGAAUCGAGUGUACCUCUACAAGCAGGUCCUUUUAAGUUUUAAAUAGCUUUUCCCAAGAUGCAGAAAACGGGGAGCCAUUUGGGUGCAACCUAUUGGUCCCAGUUAUCACGCACGAAAAGUUGAGGUCAAAUGUCCCUUUUACGCUCUUCUAGAGAUCCCUUUUCUAUUCCGAUAGGUGACUGAUUCCAGUCAACCGGUCCUUCGUGACAACUAUCAACAGUGCUAUCGACAGUUUUGCGCCGGCACUAGCAACCAUACUUUGCUGCAGCUUUUAGUCCGAGCUAUGUCGGACUUAGGUGCCUGCAACUGUUUUUUGGCUGGUUCACGAUGGCUAUGAGCAACGGUUGUUAUUUACAGAGGCUCGCGGACGUGGCGGCUGCAGUUUCUCUUCCACUGUUUAGGGAAGAAGCCAACUCGCUACGUCCGCUCGAAAGAAUUGUGCUUGCGAGAAUUUGGUGUUGAGAACCGUGGCAUGUAGCUUUUAAGUGCCACGGAGUGCAAUUGCCACCGUUAACUUCGUUCUGUUUUGCUCGUCGUGCGCGGAGAGAUGGAGGUAGCAAGAAACCGAACGGAGCUAUUUUUGUCGGCCGCUCGGAUCACUUCCACGCAUCCACUGGACGUCGAACAAAUUUACGAGUGUGCGCGACCCGUCGUUCUUCCACAUUCCACUUCGUCGAGCCUGGCGCGCUUCUCUCUUCUUACGGAACAAACGACGUUUGCCGGUUUGUUUUCUCGUUUCUUUCGUUGGGGCUAACCAUAAUCACAUAAUCGCCGUCAAUUUUCAUGUUGCCAUUUUUUUUUUCUUUUCGAGGAGGCUACGCAAAAGUUGUGGAGAAUGUCGGUUAAAUCGUGACAAUUGCCCGAUAGUUUUGUUUCUUUCCGUUUUCGUUUCGAGCCUCGUCCUCUCGGAUUUUUAUCCCUUUACAACGCCGACUGUGCAAUACAUUCCUGUUCUGUACUUACCGAAUUUCGUGCACGAGCAGUUGCUUUUCGUUUCGGACGGAACUGCCCAUUUAGUGGUCUCUUUCCACUUUUCUACCGUUUGUUACCAUGUAGGGAGUUUUUUUUUUUCUUUUUGGUAUUUUCAUCUAAUCUCGACAUCAAAGCCUCCACACCAUGUGGACUUUGCAAUGUCUCAAAAUGCCAUGCAGAGAGAAGUCCUACUCUUUUGCCGACUAUGCGUUUCUCCCCGGAAGCGCUGUGUAGGGCGAGUGUUGGGGCGUCAAAUUACGGCUGGUUCGUGCACUUGCGACUGCUUACGACAGAGUUCAUUUAAACCUCUCGUGAUCUCUCGCGACGAGAGAAUGCGCAGUGGGACACUUGUGAGUUCCAUAUAUUUCCUACUUUUUUCGCGCAUCAUUCCUCCUUUAUUGGCUCGAUAAGCUUUUGACGAUGUUACAAACGAUCAUUUCUCGUAGAUAGUAAGCACAUUUGAUCUCGCGAAAACUGAAAAACCUUCGCUCUAGUGAGACAUAAUAGUUUCAGGGCCACCUCGUAGGUGACACCGUGUGCCAGUGUCUCGUCGUGAGAGAUCGCGAGAACUUUGUCGUAGGCAGACGCGAGUGUGCGGACCAGCCUAAAGUCUCGCGCGACUUCUCCAUCGACUCGAAGGUUGGUUGUGCGGAGGUCCGGUGCCUUAUACCCCAGUUCCAAUGUUUACAGACGAAGCAUAUUUUUCCAUCAUUCUACGCAACUAUGAGAAGAAAAGCAAAAAAAAAAAAAAAAAGAUGUAUACACUUCGUUGUGGGAGCUGCGUUUAAAGCUCCAUAUUUUUGUAGCCAUGUUUGAAAAGUGUUUUUGCGACCUUUUGGAGUCAUAGUAAAGGUGUAAAAAAUAA